CUUUCUCCUUUGGGUACCAGCUCCUUACUGUCCUGUAGGCGUCCGUGCUUGUGGCCAAGAUAAAGAGGACUUAAAUUCUUAAAUCUCAGAAGAGUUCCCUCCUCCCCGCCCCCUUCCUUCCUGUCUGCAGGUCCAAGGGUCUGUGUUCACAGACAUCUCGAGGCGAGAAAAGGAGGAAACUAUCCCGAAUCUUCACAGCUGGAAACAACAUCAUGCAAAAACCCUGCAAAGAGAAUGAAGGAAAGCCCAAGUGCAGCGUUCCAAAGAGAGAGGAAGAACGCCCCUAUGGAGAAUUUGAACGCCAGCAAACAGAAGGGAAUUUUAGGCAAAGGCUGCUUCAGUCUCUCGAGGAAUUUAAAGAGGACAUAGAUUAUAGGCACUUUAAAGAUGAAGAAAUGACAAGGGAGGGAGAUGAGAUGGAAAGGUGUUUGGAAGAGAUAAGGGGUCUGAGAAAGAAAUUUAGGGCUCUGCAUUCGAACCAUAGGCAUUCCCGGGACCGUCCUUAUCCCAUUUAAUGCAUUUCUCCUCUAUUGGAGAAUUCAACUAUUUUUUGUUAUUAAUAUUACCACCAUUGUCUUCUUUUUGUCUGCAUUUUCUUGCUAUAUAUUGCUACCAUUUUACUCCUAUCCUUCAAUGUUCCUUUGAUUUGCAUAUGACUCCUUUUACCACCAUCUCAUCUUUUACCCAAUCUCACUCAUUUAAUAAGAAUGUUGCAUUCAUUUGCAUGGGAAGAUGCUCAUUUGUAUUGUAAAGUGAAAACAAUAAGUUGGAAAACAGUGUGUGUGUGUAUAUGUGUGUAUAUAUAUAUUUAUACACAUACACACUUUAUAUGUGACAAAAUGCAAAAGAAAAACUCUGAAUUAUUAUACACCAAAAGUUUAACAGUGAACCUCUGUGUGAUCUGUAUUUUAUUUCUUUUUUUGCUAUCUGCAUCUUCUCAUUUUCCAAAAAAUGAAUAUAUAUGUGUGUGUAUGUGUGUGUAUUGUGUCACAAAAAACCCAAAAUAAACAGACACAAAACUUGUCAAUCACCUUUGUAGGGCAGUAAAACGCUUAAUAAACUCUUGACAAAAGAACUAUAAAAAAGAAAUGUAAACUUCAAAUUACCUCUGGAUCUCUUAGCUAGGGGAAUAAAACUGGCAUUUAUUACAGAUACACUUGCUUAAGACUCAGUCUUUUUCACGGGGAAAACCUUUGCCUCAUAGGGCUGCUAUCAGGAACAAAUGAGGUGACUCCGAGCUAUGCUUGGUGGACUCUUGUUCCCACCUGUGCAUAUAGAACCCCAACUGACUACAGCAUCAGUUAUUUGAGGGAGUGCCCUGACACGACUUACCGGUGCUCAGGAACAAGUCCAUUAGUAGGCAGGGUGGUGGGGGCUUCAUGCCAGUCAUCUGCUGUCGAGCCCCACCCUCCUCCCCUGGCUUCUGCCACACCUGCUGGGCACUGCUGCCUCAUCUGCUAGGUCCUUAGCUCUCUGCUGGCCCUCACUGCUCCUGGUGCACCGGAGUCCUCGGGUGCCAAAACCCACUCACUUUCCUGGAGUCCCCAGUGGGUCAAACCCCCACUCUGUCUCCUGAAACCUCCCUGCUUCAUUAGUGACCCUUAACACAGGUGAGACUCCUCUAGG